AUGAUCUCUCGAAUUGCCCGUGUCCAGCGGUCGGCCGCCGUCCGAUCCACCGUCCGAUCCGCCAUGCGACCCGCCACCGUGGCCCCCAUGGCCUCCUUCAACCUCCGAUCCCGAUUUUACUCCGACAAGGCUGAAACCAAGGCUGAGGACCCUGAGGCCGCUGCUGAGGCUGCUGGUCCCGCGGCCAACGCCGCCGACGCCUCCGCUUCUGGUGCGUCCGCUGCCGAGACCAAGACCGCCCCCACCGCCGAGGAGUACGAGGCUCUGCUGGCCAAGUUCGAGAAGAAGGACAAGGAGUGCGCCCAGUUCAAGGAGCACUACCAGCGAGCCAUCACCGACUUCCGACACCUGCAGGAGACCACCAAGCGAGAAAUCAAGAAGGCACACGACUUUGCCCUGGCCAAGUUCGCCAAAGACCUGCUGGACUCGGUCGACAACUUUGAUCGAGCCCUGGGCGUUGUCCCCGACGAGAUCAAGAACGACCGAGAGAACAACAAGGAGAUCAUGAACUUCUACGACGGCAUCAAGAUGACCCAGGAUAUCUUCGAGAAGACUCUGGGUAAGCACGGCAUGAAGAAGCUCGAGCCCGUCGGCGAGGUCUUCGACCCCAACAUGCAUGAGGCCGUCUUCGAGGCCCCCCAGCCCGACAAGGAGGCCGGCACCGUCUUCUUUGUCCAGCAGACCGGCUUCACUCUUAACGACCGAAUUCUGCGAGCCGCCAAGGUCGGAGUUGUUAAGGGCGAGUAA